GCAACCUGAAGCCGUUGUAGCCCCAGUUUCUUAUCGGUCGUCCCGUCGUCGUCGUCAACGAAAACGUCUGUUGCUAAAGGUGCCUAUUAUCGGAGGCAGUGUAUCAAAACAGCCUUUAAUUAUGACAGAUGGUACUGGUUCAAGCUUGCAGGAUUUAGACACUGGUUUACACGCAAAUGCCUUCACAUCAUCCUCAGUGAUCUCAUUUAACUCUCAGAGUUCUGCAGAAGAAAUAUCGUCAACGUAUGCCGUGGGAACGACUGAUGCUCGCAAAUCACCCAAACCAUGGUGUAUUUUAGCAAUUUUAUUAGGCCCAGCACCGAUUCACAUAUUGAAAGAACUGUUUCCUUGUGUAACACUUGCCAGUCUCAGAUCAGCACCCCCUACUGUUCAAGUUCAUCCCUGGAUUUUCUCAGCACGGCUAUUGUCUUGCAUUCAUGUAGAUUUUGCCUGACAAAAUAGAUGGAUGUACCUACCUUUUUAUUGUUGAUGUAUGCAGCUGAGGGAGUGAAAAUGACGCAUACCAUAGCUCAAGCAAUCAUCACAUCAGCAUCGUACAUCAUAAACUUACAAACUCUCCAUCAAUGGUCAGGCUGAACGAGUGAUGCAGAUUAUGAAAUGGAUUUUCUGACUCCAUCUGUUGAAAACAUACAUGUUGAAGCUCAUCAAUACACUACCACGAUAAGUCGCAUUGCAAAGAGAGGCCUGCACCAGUUCAAUGCUGGUGAUCCUGUCCUAGCACGUAAUUAUGGGAGGUGUGGAAAAGGAUAAAAUGUGUUAUUACAUAGGUUGUUGGUUCAAGACAUUGCGUAGUUGAUGUGCCUGGUACUUUGUGGAAACGGCAUGUUGAUCAACUGCUUAGCCGACCUACAGGUGUAGUUCUAUCAACCAGUGACUCAGUGACUGAUCAGCUGGCUGAAAUGCCUUCUCAUAUGGAUCCACCAGGGUCGGAUGACCUUCCUUCGCUGUCAGAUCAACUUUCUUUGGCCGGUAGCUUUAAACCCAUUCCUGUGGACAGCCGACCACCGGGAGCUUCCAAGCCUCAUUCAGACCUUGACACAGCCAUAACAACAUCUUUCUAG